GGGCGGGCGCCUCUAUGGUGUGGGCGGCCUAGAGGGGCCGGCCCGCAGCUUCCGGGAAGAUGGCGGCGCGCAGGUCGGAGGGCGCACGUGUUCGCGCGGAGGGGGCCCCCGCGCUGACGGGGUGAUGACGGCGUCUUCUCUGGUGAGGGACUGAGAAUCGGGACUCUUGUCUCACCAUGAGCGUCACCCCAGAGGUCAAGAGUCAUGGGAUGAAGUUUGCUGAGAAGCAGCUGCUGAAGCAUGGAUGGACGCAAGGCAAAGGCCUGGGCCGGAAGGAGAAUGGCAUCACCCAGGCCCUCAAGGUGACACUGAAGCAGGACACUCAUGGGGUGGGACAUGACCCUGCCAAGGAGUUCACAGACCACUGGUGGAAUGAGCUCUUCAACAAGACUGCAGCCAGCUUGGUUGUGGAAACCGGGCAGGAUGGAGUACGGCUAAGGCAUCUCUCUAAGGAGACCACCCGUUGUAGUCGUCCCAAGCCCAACAUGCUGUAUCAGAAGUUUGUGAAGAUGGCCACACUGACAUCAAGUGGGGAGAAGCCAGACAAGGACUUGGAGAGCCACAGUGAUGACGACAACCAGGGACCCAAGCCUCCGAAGAUUCUGACCGAUGAGAUGCUGCUCCAGGCCUGUGAAGGGCGCACGGCACACAAGGCCGCUCGUCUCGGGAUCACAAUGAAGGCUAAGCUUGCCCGGUUGGAGGCCCAGGAGCAGGCGUUCCUGGCUCGUCUCAAAGGCCAGGACCCUGGGACCCCUCAACUGCAGUCUGAGAGCAAGCCCCCCAAAAAAAAGAAAAAGAAAAAGCAGAAAGAGAGAGAUGCCAUAGCAACAGCCAGGAGUGCAGAAGAAGAUUGUGGGGGAGAUGCAGGCCAGGCGGACUGGAGAAGCAGGAAGAAGACAAGACAGAAGCCAGAAGCAGUGGUGGCAGAGGAGCAGGAGGGAGUGGCGGUGGGGAGUGCGGACAGGGGGCCCGCAGGAGCAAGUGCACCCGGAGAGCAGGAGAGCAGGGAACGAGCUGAUGAGCGCCACAGGAAGAGAAAGAGGAGGCAGCACCGCACAGAGGAGACAGGAGUCUCAGAUGGAGGGGCCCGAGGUCAGGAGGAUGAGGCCAGCGCCAGGACAGAGCAGGCAGAGAGUGGCACGUGUGCCAAGCUGCGGCGCAGACACAAGAGACGGCGGCGGCCGGAGGAGGGGGACAUGAACGCAGAGGAUGUGGUGGAGGGGGCUGCUGUGGACCGUGGGGCCCGGGAAGCAGCAAGCAGAGCGCACAGUAAGGGGAAGAGCAGGAAAAGCAAGAAGAGAAGACCGAGGCCCCAGGAGGAGGAGGAGGAGGAUGUAAGGGAUGAAGGGGAUGACGAGGGUGGCGGGACUCAGGAGGCCGGGAGCGGGGCUCACACUGGCCCAGGCAGCCCAGGCGAGAGGAGGCAGCAGGGACAAGCUGCAGUCAGCGCUGACCCGAGAGUGAGAAAGAAGCAGAAGAGAAUGUGA